AUGGUGGGUCAAAAGUCUCGCAACACUUGGCAGAACGUGCCUAGAUCUGAAUUAUUUACUGCGCAAUGCGCUGCUUUGCUUAAAAGCCUAGAUGCAGGACACAAUAUUACUAAACUUACCCGGAGUUUUAAUGUUGUGUGUUUUACUAUCUACUGGACACAAUAUCGCUUUCAAAACCAGAAUAGUCUAGAAUCAGGUGCUCGAAUUAGCUAUACUGUGCUGAUUACUGGGAGCCUUUAUAAUGUCUCUAAAUUGACUGUACAACAAAUUCCGCGCAAAUAUUAUAUUAAAACGAAAAGGAAAAUUGCUUUAGAUACCGAUUCAGCUAAAAAAAAUUAUUAUAAAUUUGUGUGUACGUGGCUGUAUUUUAAUAAUUCAAACAAUAUUAUAUUUUCGGACGAAUUCUUAGUCCAGCGGAACUCAGUAAUUCUAUUUAAUAGAUAUUCUUCGGGAAUGAGAUUUCAGCAAAAUCAUACUACAAUCUAUAUAUUUAGGCAGAUUCUAGAAUGGCUGCUCUACUUGCCUGAUUUAAAUUCUAUUGAAAAUCUUUGGUAUUUGUUUAAAAAGAAGCUAAAGGAGCUCUAUCCUGAGCUCUUUCAAAAUGGGGUAUCAGAAAUAGAUAUAGAGCGUUUUAGGCAGUCUAUUCAGACAGUGUGGGAUAGUCUUGAUUAG